CUCAUCCCUAAACCCCCUCACCGUUCUGCGUUCAAGUCCUCCUACUCCUUCUCCCCCACCCUCCACCUUAUCCUCAGCCCAGCACCCGCCUGCUCGGCUACCUCUAAUGGCGUCUGCCAACGCCAUCUCCACCGCCUCCCUCCUCCGCUCCUUCUCCUCCCAGGGCAGGGUGAGGAGGUCCAGGAACGGCCGUGCGCAGCGGCUAGUGGUGCGCGCGGACGCCAAGGACAUCGCCUUCGACCAGAAAUCCCGGGCGGCGCUCCAGGCCGGCGUCGAGAAGCUCGCCAACGCCGUCGGCGUCACCCUCGGCCCGCGAGGGAGGAAUGUUGUGCUGGAUGAGUAUGGCAGUCCCAAAGUGGUGAAUGACGGUGUUACUAUCGCUCGUGCUAUUGAGUUAGCUAAUCCAAUGGAAAAUGCUGGUGCAGCAUUGAUUCGUGAGGUUGCUAGCAAGACCAAUGAUUCUGCUGGUGAUGGGACUACAACUGCUUGUGUCCUUGCUAGAGAAAUCAUCAAGCUGGGCAUUUUGAGUGUAACUUCUGGUGCGAACCCUGUAUCACUUAAGAAAGGAAUAGACAAAACUGUGCAGGGUCUAAUUGCAGAGCUUGAAAACAAAGCUAGGCCAGUCAAGGGCAGUGGUGAUAUCAAAGCCGUUGCCUCUAUCUCUGCCGGCAAUGAUGAACUUAUUGGAUCCAUGAUUGCUGAUGCUAUUGACAAAGUGGGUCCAGAUGGUGUCCUUUCAAUUGAGUCGUCUUCAUCUUUUGAGACUACUGUUGAUGUUGAAGAAGGAAUGGAGAUUGACCGUGGCUACAUUUCCCCUCAAUUUGUGACAAACCUUGAGAAAUCAGUGGUGGAGUUCGAGAAUGCUAGAGUUCUUAUAACUGAUCAAAAGAUCACAAGCAUAAAGGAAAUUAUUCCACUUCUGGAGCAAACUACACAAUUGAGAUGUCCUCUGUUUAUUAUAGCUGAGGACAUUACUGGUGAAGCUUUGGCAACUCUUGUUGUUAAUAAGCUCCGAGGAAUUAUCAACGUUGCGGCAAUCAAAGCCCCAAGUUUUGGUGAGCGGCGGAAGGCUGUCCUUCAGGAUAUUGCCAUCGUGACAGGUGCUGAAUUCCUAGCGAAAGAUCUUGGUCUGUUGGUUGAGAAUGCAACAGUAGAUCAACUUGGUACAGCAAGGAAAAUUACAAUUCAUCAGACUACAACAACCCUCAUAGCAGAUGCAGCUAGUAAAGAUGAGAUCCAGGCGAGGGUUGCACAGCUAAAGAAGGAGCUUUCUGAAACUGAUUCUAUCUAUGAUUCUGAGAAAUUGGCAGAGAGAAUCGCAAAGCUUUCUGGUGGUGUGGCCGUGAUCAAGGUUGGAGCUGCAACCGAGACAGAGCUCGAGGACCGCCAGCUACGAAUUGAGGAUGCAAAGAAUGCCACUUUUGCCGCGAUUGAGGAGGGCAUUGUUCCUGGCGGUGGUGCAGCGUACGUGCACCUGUCUACUUUUGUCCCGGCGAUCAAAGAAACAAUCGAAGACCAUGAUGAGCGCCUUGGUGCUGACAUCAUUCAGAAGGCACUGAUAGCACCUGCGUCGCUAAUCGCGAACAAUGCCGGAGUUGAAGGUGAAGUGGUGGUGGAGAAGAUCAAGGAUAGCGAGUGGGAAAUGGGUUACAAUGCGAUGACCGACACGUACGAGAACCUGAUCGAGGCCGGUGUCAUCGACCCAGCCAAGGUGACAAGAUGCGCUCUGCAGAACGCCGCCUCGGUGGCCGGGAUGGUCCUCACCACGCAAGCGAUCGUUGUCGAGAAGCCGAAGCCCAAGGCAAAGGUGGCCGAGCCAGCGGAGGGACAACUCGCCGUCUAAGCGGUAACACUCCUCAGGUCUCUGUUUAGAUGUGGUUUUGUUCAGAUCACGUGGUAGGAUUUUUGGUUGGGAUCAAGUGAAAGGUCCAGAGUAGGGCUACCAUUUUUGUGAAAUCGACGGCAACCUUGCCUGAUCUGAUCUGAACCCGGAAAGUAAUUUGUACCAUCAGUUUUGAAAUAAAUCUGUGGUGAUACUCUA